AUGUCUUCUGGAAGCUCGUCCAGCGCCGAUGACCUCGCAAAAGAACAUCAAAGCCCUGACAAAGAGGACUCGCCUCUUCUGAAAAGCACAAAUAGCCACAUCUUCCUCGCCUGCAUCACUUGCGAACGAAUUGUCAUGCUCACCGGCCCUCGACAAGAGAUCGUCCACGAGGGUGAUUCAGUCAGCAAUCUUUUCGCUCCCACGAUAGGCGCCUCAUGCGAGCCAGACGACGACUCAAAGAGUUGGAGUCGAAUCUCGAUCAACAAAGUGUUAAUUACUCUAUGGGGCCCGUACCUAGCUAUAUCAGCAUUCAUUGAUUCUUCUCUGCAUGAGAACCUUAAGCUGGAUGAAUCGCAUGAUAGGACUAAAGUGCGCUUGUCUGGGAGAGCCUACGCGGCUCAGUUGCUUGAUGGCGAUGUCGAGGUUUGUAGUGUUUUGACGAACCCCACAGAUAGAGUGCGUCUCCAGGUUCUGCCAUAUGUCGAGAGCGAGUUCUUUCAUUUGGAGUGA